ACAGAGAGAAGCCCUAAGCAGCCAGCCACCCCGACCUCCGCCUUGGCGGCGCGGCCGUUCCCCAAAUCGACGCGAGCAGAAAUGGCCGGCCGCCGCCGCCGCCGCCCCCGAGUCCACGGCAGCGAGGACGGCGACGGGGCGACCCGUCCUAGUCGCCGCCGCUCCCGAGUCGUCGGCAGCGAGGACGGCGACGGGGCGACCCGUCCCAGCCGCCGCCGCCGCCGCAGCCGCUCCCGAACCCAAGGCGACGGGGCGACCCGUCCUAGUCGCCGCCGCUCCCGAGUCGUUGGCAGCGAGGACGGCGACGGGGCGACCCGUCCCAGCCGCCGCCGCCGCGCCAGCUCGCCGGAGGUGCCAGACGAAGCUGAUACCCUGUGGGAGUCUCUGCCGUUGGAUAUGAUUUGGGAGAUCCUGCUCCUGCUGCCACCGGAGCGGCCCUCCCUCGUGCUGCCACCGGAGCGGCGCUCCUUCCUGCGCGCAUCCGGCGUCUCCACGCUCUGGCGAGGCGUCACCACCGACCCCAACUUUAUGAGCCAGCACCGCAGCAAGUGGAAGCCGCCCCUACACGGCUUCUUUGAGCGCCGCCAGCAGAAGUUCCGCUUCACCCCCGUCUUGCAUCCUCCCGACCGUAUUCCUGCCAAGCGCAUUCACAUCUCAGGCCGGAUGACCUCCCGCGACUGCGACGCGACCGACUGCCGCCACGGUCGGGUGCUGGCCAUAGACAGGCUGUUGGCGCGUCUUUUUGUGUCCGCCCCCCUCACCGGCGAGGAGCGCAACCUGCCUGUCGUUCCGGACGAGUUCAGGAAGUGCAACUACCACCACGGGGCUGUGCUCUGUGCUGCCGGCAGCCCGGAGGACCACGUGCACGGCUUUUGCCACGAGAGCCCAUUCAAGGUGGCAUUCCUGUCGAGGUACCCUACACGCUAUCGAUUUAUCACAUCUGUUUACUCAUCAGAAAGUGGCACAUGGGGCGGCCUUAAGGAAAUAGAAGCUCCAUUUAAAGUUGCUCUUGUUGAUGUUCCUGCGACCCUGGUUGGAAAUGUGCUCUACUGGAUGCUUUCAUCGGAUAAUGUUUGUUCUGCCAUGCUUGAGUUUGAUUUGGAUAGGCAGAGCCUAGCUGUGAUCAAGGGACCUUCUGAUAUGAAUUAUUCCGGCAGCCAUAGGGUCAUCAAAACAGAGCAAGGCACAGUUGGCUGGCUCAGGUUUAAAUUCCCGAUCCUAGAAAUAUGGCUGAGGAAGAAGAAUUGUCUUGGUCUUGCGACGUGGUUGCAGCAUAAGACAGUUGAUAUGCAUGACAUUCUUGGGAUCCCUCCUCGGGUUAGUAAGAAGCCGUGGCAUCAGGAAAUCCUCGGCUAUGACGAGGACAACAAUGUGAUCAUUCUGUAUGUUGAUGACAGUGCCUACAUGCUUGAUCUUAAGUCGAUGGAAUCCACAAAACUUGAUGAAAGCCGUUUGAUGAAUCGCUGUCACCCUUUCGCCAGUUUCUAUCCACCAGACAGGGCCAUCUAAGAAGUGUUGAUAUAUGCACACGGACGCAGGGAUACAGAUACAUAUAUGGAGACAUGGAAUACGGCAUUUUGCAGAAACAGUCAUACAGGGACACGCAGAGUAUAUAUAUACAUAAAUAAAUAAAGUACAGCAUGUAAUGUUGCGAGGACAAAAGUAUAUUUGUAAGGUGUGCGAUCAAAGGACUGCCCAUUUGUUUCCUGCCUUCAUUUCCACGUUUAUAUAUGGCUGAGCUUAAUGCAGCUGAUGCUGCCCGUAUAUGUAAGUAAAUAUUCCGGGAAAAAGAAAAUACGAAACAGCAUGUAGUAUGGACAUAUAAUUAUAUUUGUAAGAUGUGGGAUCAAGUCUUGAUUCUGUCAUGUAAUGUGGACAAAAUUAUGUUUGUAAGAUGUGCGAUCAUUUGGUUUCA